CCGCGCCGCGCGUCGUCUUUGCCGCUGUGCGUUCGAUACUGUACACAUAUCAAAUUUCAAAGCGAAAAUUUGAUAUCGUCGUCAAAUUGUGAAGUGAUUGAAAGUUUGCGAGUUGACCGGUAAAUUUAAAGUUUUACCGCCCGUUCUUAUGUUGUUUUAUGUUUGUAGUUUUGUGCUUCGUUUUUAUUUGCGCUGUGUUAUGUUUUUGUCAAGUGAUUCUUGAACGGCCCCUGUUUAAUAACAAAAAUGUAGAUAGAAAACCAUAGUUAACGUCUACUUUUAUAAAAAAGUACGAUGUCUAUUGACCAGGCAUCACCACUCGUGCCUAUCACGCCUCAGAUCUCGCUGCAAAACAGCGCCUUCAUCAAGAACAGUCAUAAUCGAAGUAGUUUCUGUGGAGCAACCCCAUCGCCGACAAAUGGCAACCGAACGUUCAAAACUUUCUCCGUAAAUCGCAAGAGUUGGAGUGGAAAUGUAACGCUUCCACUCCAACAGUUUGCGUUGGAUGAACCGCCUCAUCUUGGGACAUUUCGCUCCGGUACAGGAACUUUUCCGAGAAACAGGGAACGUAACAACAACAGUGCUGCCAACGGAAUAUUAACACCUAACGGGAAUUCUGUGCAGACGCUCAAAGGAAAUGAAGUGAGGAGGAGCGGAUGUUCUAACGGCCGUCGCUACGCUGAGAUCGGAAACUGGAGCAAAAGAAAUGCGACGUUUCUGGAACCUCACAUCCAAGGUGUGAGACGGCGGGAUAGUCGAAGUUCUGAUUCCGAUCGGGAUGAGCGAUCAACUGAGGAUGACGAGCGGUCUCUACUGCGUAGCUCUCCGAGAACAAGAUUACCUCCUCCGCCUCCCCCGCCGCCAGAUGAUGAGCAUCCACCGAUGAAGCCUCGAGAAUUUUUCGAAAGACUGCAAAGCCAAGCUAUGAAAGAAGCCCAAGAAAGAAAACAUAGGAGAGAAGUUAAAGAAGCUAAUCACCUAUUCCGGCCAUUGGAGGCUGACGGCAGCCUAGUAGACAGUCUUAGUCAGAGUCGAGAGAGUCUAUCAUCAGACGGUGAAGGGGCUAAAGGGGAUUGCUCUUCCGUGGGAUCCUCAGGAUCAGAGUCUGACGAGCAGCCACCAUGCGACAUCGGUGUGUUAGAGCGAUUGAUCCGGACGCAUCCAGUGUGGUUCCUACCUGGAAUCCAAAGAGCUGGAGCUUUUCAUUUAUUACAAGGAAAGGAGGAAGGGAACUUUGUGGUGCGACAAUCGAGCCAACCAGAUACGAUGGCGAUCAGCGUCCGGCUCCCGGCGGAUAAAGGGCCUUAUAUAGAGCAUUAUCUAAUACAGGCAUCGGGCGGACGCAUCGGGCUAGAAACGUCGCACAACCGCUUUGAUAAUAUACCAGAGUUGAUCGCACAUUACUCCCAAUGCUGUGACGAGUUACCAGUGCAGCUUCAGUUACCGAAGCCUCUCCGUGAAGCGAAAAGUCGUCACCAACUGAGUUCACUUGCUCUACUCGGACAAGAGUUCUGGGGGUACCCUAUGGCAAACCCGAAAAACAAUCCAAGCAACUUACUCUCACCGUGCCAACUAGCCAAUGGAGUUAUUCCUAUGGCCUUAACGCCGUCUGACACUGGAUCUAGUCUUAGCAGUUUUAAUGCCAGUUCAACGGCGAUAUCUCGAGAACAGGUCCUAAGCCCGGACAAGGACCAGAAUGUUGUUCUUAAAAUGUCACCAGUCGAUAUGACAGGCUCCCCACCGAGUCAAAGCCAGAGCCUAAGCACAUUUAAAGGUAGAACUGCGCCAUCUCCGCCAGCGAAACCUACUGGAUCGUUUAUUAGAGCUCCCCGACCUACCCCACCGAACACAUUAAACUUGAUGUCAAGUACAGCGAAUAUAACACACCCACACACAUUCCCUACGUGUAGCAAUCCACACUCACCAACUCAUACUAACAUUGUUAAAACGACCCCGCCUCCCCCUCCUCCGAGAUGGGCAAAACCACCGUUCCCUAAAAUGUCUAUAUCUCCAAAAUCCGAAGCCCUAUGUUUUAGUCCCAUUAACAAAGCUACCAAUGGAAACAUAACAGUCACAACAACAGUAACAUUCAGUGUAAACAAUACACAAAUACACAAUCAUCAAAUCAAUGAAAGCAUACAAAGUGACCAGUUGCAACUAACGCUUGCGUCUAAUGCCAUGAAUAAUAACAAUUCUGACGCUGGAUUCAGCAUAACGGAUGCAUCGAAAUGUAUAACAGAAAGUAAUGGAGAUUUGCAGAACAUGAUGCACCGUCUGACACCUGAGGGAGAGUGUAUUAGUACAAUGACAGCUAGUUUACACGGAAGCUUCAAAAGACAAAUUGCUGAACAGAAUAGCGCAGAUGCAGGAUCACCUUUAGACCCUCAGUCUCAGACAAAUACGUCUGAUUCCGUUGAUCCCAUAGCAAACUCUUUAACAAAGUCAAGCAACGCUUUUGCUUCUAACCAAUUAGUGUCUCCGAAUGGAACGAACUCUGUCACCAGUGGUAUAUUCUCCCCAACAAGUCAAAUAAACUCACCAGUGUCUAACGAUACUAUUUCAUCCAAAAGUGGUGUAUUUUCACCUAUGAGUCAAACUAACAAAAGUGAGGUAUUUUCCCCGAUAUCUCGAAGUUCACCUAUUUGUAACAAAAAUGUAUUUUCUCCCACUUCUAAUCAUUCUAUUGUAUCUCCUAUGACUUGUAAAGAUAGGGACAAAGUAUUGUCACCCAAUACUAAUACAACAAGUACAACGCCUUCUAGUCGAUCAAGGAGGAGCAAGCACUCUCUACGGAAGGAAUCCAGACAUUAUCAGGAAUCAGAUAUCCUUGAAUCCCCAGGUGUAUAUUACAGAAGUUCUUUGAUGGAUAAAGUAAGCGAUUAUGAGGACAUAUGGGGACCAGAGGGUAAUAAUUGCUCCACAUUUAAGCCACAUAAGUCUGAGAAUAACAAUCAUGUUAGCAAUGGUAUAAUGAAGAGUAAAAGACCAGAUCUUUUACCGGAUACACUGCCUAAAUUAAAUACAGCCAAAAGCACACAAUCUAUCUUAGAAAAAGAAAACAUGAUAAUACUCAAUUCAAGUGAAAGUCUUAGUGAAAAGCAAAAUCUCUCAGACAUUUCCCUCAAGAAAAGUUUUAACGGCUCCAAUGAAAUUAUAGCGACGACAAACAGCAAAGGAGAAAUCGUGCCAAAAAGACCAGACAAACUUAAUAUUGUAAUGAAUAUGAAUAAGAAAUUCACUGAAGAAAUCGAAGCUGCGUUGAAAUUAAGAGAGAGUCAUAGUAAUAUUGAAAGUAUGGAAACGGUUAAGUUAGAAGAUGAAUGCACGAGAGGAAAAGACUCUGAAAAGGACCACGCUGGCAGUCCUUUUUAUGCUGACCCGGUCGAUGCUAUAAAAGAAGCCGCUCUGCCACCAGUACAACGACGUAAACUUUUAAGAGCGGGUGUCAUGAAUCUCUCUCAACGAUAUUCAGAACCACCAAGUCAGAAUCAUCCUUACUACCCACUUCGCGAUAUGCACAGUAUUGAAGAACUAUCGCCAUCAUCCCCGAACACGUCAACAUCAGUUGACAACCUAGUGUCACUCAGGGGAAAACCAAAAAUGAAACCAGUAGAACCGCCACGGGUAGCAGUUAAACCACCUACUGGUAAAAAUGAGCAGACCUGGGCGGUGGACUCAAGUUGGCAGUUUAUAAACAAAAAUGAUGAGUGCUCAAACAGUGAAAACGGCACAUUCCCCUCACUUGCAGAGCAAGAAAGUCGGCUUAGCGGCGUCGAUGAUGGGGUGCAUCAUUUUACCGUUCACCAGGUUAUUGCACAAAGAUUUCCCGAAUUACGUCUUAAUGCUGAGCCAGUUGCGCUUCCAGAAGAAACACGUUCUCCACCGCGAGCAUCCUGUUAUGAUAAUGUACAUGAUCUGAGACCACUAUCUGAACAAGCUAGUGAUGAUGGCACAGUGUUCUCAGAACCAUGGGAUAGUACUCAAUGGGAUGGACUCAUACCACCUUCAUCCAACCAGCUUUGUUAUGAAGCAGAUGAACCAUGCGAGUGGGAGUCCCCUAUACCACGGCGAGGGAACGGGACAAUGCGGGCAAAAAGUUUUAGAGAUCGACUGGAUCCUCUACUAGCAGCUGGACGUGUGCGUGCUUUACGCGGUGGGAGAACUUCCCGUGGCGCAGGCGCAGCUUUGCGAGCCUACGCUUUACACCUAGCGCAAGACAAGAGCACAACCUUCGCGCAAAAUGUCGACAACUUCAUCGCUUGCACACUAGAUUCUAAAGAAACAUGUCCUCAGGUCAUGAUGAGAAACAUGAGGCAAUUCAUGUCAGGAAUGAAGAAUUAUCUAGUAAAACACGGAGAGAGGGAGUUUGAAAAAGAAGUAGAAAAAGAGAGACUAAAGCUAAAGCCAACGGAAUUCCUAAAUAUCGAUGCGAUAUUAGAAGGUGUUAUGCAUAGACUGGUAGUAAGGCCGUUAAGAUCGAAGCUCUAUACCUUAUUAGCUUCCUGGCAUUCGGCUGAUGUUCGACAGUUGCAUGCAGCGAUAGAAAGAGCACAACACGCCACACCUUUACAAUUAGGAAUUAAGGAAUCAACAAAAGUACCAUCAUCAGCGGUAUUAGCUGUGAUCUCAAAGCAUUUUCUGAAAAUGCAAGAAGCAGAUUCCCCGUUGAACAAACUUGAAAAUCUUCUCGCUGCUAUAUCAGUAAUGUUCAAUGCGAUUCGUGGCGAACGUACUCUUGGGGCUGACGAUCUCCUCCCAGUGCUUGCAUGGACAGUGGCAAGGUGUCGACUUGUAUGCGCGGAGUUAGAAGCGGAAUUAAUGGCGGGACUGUUACCAGCAGCUUUGCUAGCUGGCGAAGGUGGAUAUUACUUGACUGCGCUCUUCUCCGCUGUAGCAGUUUUGAAGAGAUUAGCUCCGGAUCCAGGACCUGACAGUACUACUCCUUGGCGACGAGGUUCAGCGGAAUCUAACCGUGAAGGUUGCGGUGUGGCUGUUGUUCGGGUCGCGCUACCAGACGAGUGUCGUGGAUCCAUACGACGGGUUGCGCUUCCGUGUCGACCUGGAGCAAGGGCGAGAGAUCUUUGCCGAGCUCUCGCACAUGCAGCGGCCAUUACCAAUCCGCAAGAUUACGCGUUGUUUGCUCUGCAUGACGGACAAGAAACGAUGUUGAACGAGAAUGACUGUCCACAAGAAGUGAUGUCAGAGAAAAGCGGCCAGAAUUUUAUACUGGCGUAUAAGAGGAUAGAUGCCAAAAUCGCAUGGCCCCAGCAGGCCCUGUUAUCUUACCCUUAAUAGACAAUUGUAUGUCAAAUCAGAAAUCUCACGUAUAAAGAAAAUGACGAAACAAAGUUGAAUGGAAUAAUAAUUCAUGUAACAAAUGUCUUUUUUACGCUCAUAACGUAACCAACAAAUAAUAUUGGACUCAAUAUAGCUAUAUUUUUGUCAUCUGAACGAUAAAGUGAUAUUUUAUAUGAUAUUACCCACUGUGUAAGGUAACGUUAUAUUAGUUUGUAUAAGAACAUUGCGACUGGGCAGUAUUUUUAAAGCCUUGCUAUAUGCUAACCAAUAUAAUAUGAAUGUCAAACGAUUACAUAGCAAAUGAGAAAUGAAUUAUUUUGUACCUCUUCUAUACAUUUCUUCUUUGAAUCAUCUAGACUUGCACUUUAGCCUGCUUACUUGAAAGUCAUUUUCAAUUGCGCAAAAAACAA